ACCCGGGUCUGCGGGAUGUGGGUCCACGCCGUCGCUCUGUCAGUGCUGGGCGCCUGGUUGAGUUUGGGGUGGGAGCUACGAGGGGCCGAGGGGCUGGCGAGGGGAGGCCAGGGGGCUCCCUGCAGCUUCACCUUCCUGCUACCCGCCCUGGAGACGGGCCGAGCGGCCGGCCGGCGGGACAUCAAGAUCCUGCAGCGGGACUGGCCGCCGAGCCAGGCCGGCGCCACGGAUCAGAAAUUUCGCCAACUGGAGACGUCCACCCGCAACAAUAGCCAGUGGCUGCAUAAGCUUGAAAGUUACAUUGUGGACAACAGCAGAUCAGAGAUGGUUCAUCUGCAGCAGAGCGCUGUACAGAACCACACGGUGACCAUGCUGCAGAUAGGGACCAACCUGCUGAGUCAGACGGUGGAGAGGUCACGCAGGCUGACUGACAUUGAAGCUCAGCUUUUAAACCAGACAUUGAGGAUUGAAAUCCAACUCUUGGAGAACUCCCUUUGCACGAACAAGCUGGAGAAACAGCUCCUGCUGCAAACCUACGAUAUCAGCAGAAUACAUGACCGUAGUCGCCUUUUAGAGAGGAAGGUGUUCGACAUGGAGGCCAGGCAUCGGAGUGAGGUGGACUCCCUGAAGAGGGAGCGGGAGCGUCUUCAGCAGCUUCUGACCCGGCAGGUUGGCACGGUCGGGAAGCUAGAGAGACGUCUGAACACAGCCGGCAACGACAGCACCGAUCUGCAGCGUCAACAACUACGGAUCAUGGGCACUGUGCAACGCCUCAUCACCCUGGUCUCUCAGGGCAGAGCAGCAGAGACCAAGAAAGAGGAGAAGAUCUACGCAGAUUGUUCGGAGGCCUUCGCAUCCGGUGCUACUGUGAGUGGUGUCUACACCAUCCGUAUCAGGAACGUCACCGACCCCCGGCAGGUUUAUUGUGACAUGGAGACUGGUGGCGGGGGUUGGACAGUGAUACAGAGGAGGUUUAAUGGCAGCCUGGACUUCCAGAGAAAUUGGACUGAGUAUAAACUGGGUUUCGGGGAGAGCCCAGCUGAGCACUGGCUGGGAAACGAAGCCAUUCACCGGCUGACCAGUCAACGAGCUUACUCCCUACGGAUUGAGCUGAGGGACUGGGACGCAAAUCACGUCUACGGCUUUUACGAGAGGUUCCGCUUGAGCGGCGAGCGAAAGAAAUACAGGCUCUUCGUGAGGGGGUACAGGGGCACAGCAGGACUCCAGAGCAGCCUGGCAGCUCACAGGGCCAGUUUCAGCACCAAGGACGCGGACAACGACAACUGCUACUGCAAGUGUGCCCUGCUGUUAACAGGAGGCUGGUGGUUCGAUGCCUGUGGCCUGUCCAACCUCAAUGGGAUGUACUACGCCGCUGGCAACCAUCUGCGAAAGCUCAACGGCAUCAAGUGGCACUACUUCAGGAACCCCAGUUACUCCCUGCAGGCCACCACCAUGAUGAUUAGGCCCUUGGACUUCUGAUGCAGUGCGUGAGGCUUGCACAGAUCUAACCAAACCUUACCAACCCGUUAAAAUCAAUGAACCCAACUGGUUAAACCCAUUGCCUCAAACCAAUUAAACCUAAUGCUAUCAACUGGUUAAACCAAAUACCUCCCAAGAGCUCCACCCAGGUAUACUCAAUGCUACUAACCCAAUGCCUCCAACCCGUAAAACCUUAAACCAACUACCUUGUUGCACUCAAUGCCUCGAACUGGUUAAAACCCAAUUCCGCUAAACUAAACACUCUCAAUCAGUUAAACCAGUGACUUCCAAGCAAUUAAGCCCAAAGUUGCUAACCAGUUAAACCCAAUGCCUCCGACCACCAUUAAUCUGGCAUUCUGCGUGUGGCAAAAGACCUCCAGCUGCCUCAGUUUACUAUUGUUUAAUUUAGAGACACAGCGUGUGAACAGAUUCUUCGGAUCACCGAAUCCACGCCCUCCUUCGAUCACCCAUACACAUGUAAAUUUCUGCUACUUAUACAAUGAUAAUCCCUUACUCGGUUAUUGCAGACAGUCGGCAAUAAUGGACACCACCCCCAUGGACCAUUAUAACGAGGGUUUACUGUACCUCUCAAACCCAUGACUUUUGCCACCAUGAAGGACAAGGGCAGUGGGAGCACCAGGAUGAGCCUCCAAACCACACAACAUUCUGACUUGGAAAUAUACCAUUGGUAGAGUCUGAAGAAUGAUCCUGACCCGAAACAUCAGCUAUACAUGUUCUCCAGAGAUGCUGCUGCCUGACCAGUUGAAUUACUCUAGCGUUUUGCAUUUUUUUUAACCAUCGUUUCUUAAUUGUCGCUGGGUCUAAAACCUGGAACUCCCACCCAAACAGCAAUUCAACCAGAAGAAACAGAAAUGGACAAAGUGCUGGAGUAACUCAACGUAUCCGGCAGCAUCUCCGGAGGAAAAGAAUAGGUGACGAUUUGGGUCGAGACCUUUCUGCAGACUUUACUGAUGGUAUAUUUCAGACAGUCUGAA